CGCUUUGCCGUGAGCAUGUGUUUGUGCUAUCAGGGAACAAGUUGGACCGUGUUCGAGCGAGAACAAUGUUAUUUAUCAAUCAGUCGCAGUAGUGUCUACUAAGCCUGUUUAUUCGGUUCUAUCACUGGUGCUUUGAUUGGAAAGUGAAAGACGGGGAAGUAUCCCUCUCGGUGAUCAUCUGACUGGCUUUAUAUUUUUUUCGAGUGGAUAGAAAUAAGUGUAAUCGGAAUUGGUCUGGUAUGAUGGCGUCGCGAAAUUGUGUGCUCCUGCUGAUGGCUGGACUAGUGCUAUGCAGUGCUCAAAGUAGUCCACCAGAAAUUGUGACUCAUGCGCCUACCACCUCAUCUCCAGCCACGAGCGAGACUACGGUAGCACCAACAACUACUACCAUGGCACCAACCACCACAACGACCGUUGAGCCAACCACAACAACAGCCGCAACUACUACUCCCACCCCCACUACCACCACUGCUCCGACCACAACCAGCACUGAGCCUCCGAAGCCGACCACACCGGCCCCAGUGCCCGAUCCCGAAGUUGGCAGCUGGGUGUUCACCAAUAAGACCACAAAUCAGACUUGUGUACUAACCCAGAUGGCUCUGCAGCUCAAUGUUACCUAUUUGGAUGCUUCUGAUAAGCCGGUCCACACUCUGUACGAUGUCCCGAAAGAUGCCAAAGUUGUCAACGGCUCCUGUCUCGCUGACUCACAGUUCAUUGUUCUGUCCUGGGGCCCUCCCUCGGUCAAGGAUAACACACUGAUGGUUUCCUUCAAGGUGAACGCAACCGUGCACGAAUUUUCACUGUCCGGAUUGCACUUCUCUCUCGUAAUUUUCGGUGAUGAAUUUCCCAAUGCCAAAGACAACCAAACAAUCACUCUGGUGAAUGACCAAAUUAUGUUCCACACUCCCCUGGAUAUGUCCUACCACUGCAAUCGUCCCCAGCAACUCAAUCUGACUUCCGUUGAUCCGGCUGGACUCAACUCGACCCUAACCGUUUCCAAACUGCAGUUCGAGGCGUUCCAUACGAAGCACAACGCAAAGUUCUCGAUCGCCAAGGAUUGCGAUGCCAUCGACACUCCGGAUAUAGUUCCGAUUGCCGUCGGGUGCGCCCUGAUUCUGCUGAUUGUGAUUGUGCUGAUUGCCUAUUUGGCCGGACGUCGUAGUACACGAUCCCGGGGAUAUGUGAGCAUGUAAGAAGGUGCCGGAGCGCGAGCGUCUCGCCCCCUCCACAUUCGAGAAUGCUACCAUAGUCCGAAUGAGAGAUGCCAUCUGUCGUAACAUAUACUGAUUAAUUUUGUUUUUUUUCGAAAAUUCACAAAUAAGGAAUGUAACGAUCUUAUUGCAUUAAUUGGAGACAGUGUGAAUAGGAAUUUGAAACAGUUACGGACCAUCUGUCGUGACAGAGCUGACAGACAUGAUAAUUUUCUCACGUUUUCAGCUUUCGAGAAGGUUUACUACGAGACGCAUAGCAAACAUAUUUUUGGAGUUAACAAUUCUAGGAACAUCUGAGUCGUUUAAUUAGAAUAUUUGAUACAUCGGUACAAAUCAAAUAGAAAUCUUACAUUACUUGUCAAUCAGCAAAAUACAGUGAGAAUCGCAGAUAGCACCCAAAUAGCAGACAACCAAAUACAAGGAUUUAAAUGUAGAUAAAAUUGAUGGAACCACAAAAGGAUCGAGAGUUGGAAGAAAAACGCAGGAGGAAUAAUUCGGACGACAAAAAACUGUUUAUAUUGUUCUUUUCUGUAGUUGGAUAUAUGAAUUUUUAUAAAUCAUUAAAUAAAUGGUUGAUUGGUAAAGUAAAUAA